AUGCGAUCAGUUUCGCUCUUCUCAACGAUCCUACUUCUCAUUGCUUUGCUCUCUGGCUCAUCUGGAAGCGAUGCUAGCGAUGAUAGUCUCGAAGGCUUCACGGAUCGGAGCGACAGCAGCAAAGAAGGGCAUGACGAGCCUCCUAGGUCUGUAGAGGCUACGCGAUCGGAUUCUGCCACGAGCGGUCGCUUCGUCGAUGACUUUUUCGCCUCGCCCGAUCCAUCGGAACUACCCAUGCCGCAUCCUGUUCUAGCCAGACUAGCGCCUCCCCAAUCAGGUGUUCCCACCAGCCGAAGGAGGCUGCCCGCACCUUUGCAGAAUGUUUCUCCCGGGCCCAAUGCCCCUCCGUCUCACCCCGGACUGGCGAGGAAGCGAGCGAGGGAGAUGAUGAAGGACAGAGGCAGGCUGCGAGGUGACCAAGAUGGCUCGAUGCCUUCGAGCUUUCUCCCUCCGCGGGAAGAGGGUCAAGGACGCAGAAGAUUGCUGCGCCCGCCUCCUGGUUUUGACAGCCCGCCAACAUUGCGGCGUAUCAAAGCCGGACCGUCCGUGCAGAGCUUCGAACUGGGAAGUCCAGCUCGACGAAAUGAGGCUGUCCAAUCGUCGGCGUUUCGAGAUGCGUCAGUCCGAAGUGGUGCUGAACAGACUCGAGAAGCUGCCGCCGCUGCUGUCGCACCCGACUCUUGGCUCGAAAGGCUCUUCCAUCAAUUUCGGUCUUCCCCGGCUUCCUCCUCUCAAAUCGCAUCCUUCCAUCUACAUGGACUUCGUUACGGACGCAUUCCUGUCGUGACUUCCCGUCUUCCUCCUGUGUCUCAAAAUGGGGACUUGGAUGAUGCGAACGCUAGAGCACUGCUCCCGCAAGACGUGCGAUGGAUAUUCGACCAAACGGAAAACCGUCGUCGAGUCUCGCUCAUAGCUCUCGACAGAAGUCAUCCACCGCAUCUACGAAAAGUGAUGGCGGACGAAGCCAUGCGAUAUUACAACACGGAGGCCGAUCAGAUCCGCAGGUCGAUCGAAGGUCGAAAUCAGCUGGUGCUGUACACAUCGGGCGAAUGGCGAAGCUGGUUGCAAGAGCAUGCGGUCCCUCUGCUGAUGUCGGAAGUGUAUACAUUUGGCGCCAGGACCCAAAAUGUGCUCUCUUCAAACAUCGUAGAAGCACGAUACCGUCUAGCAACCAGGAUGCAGAUGAGCAACAUGGCGGCGCAGGAUGUGAUCGCGUUGCACGGAGAUCACGAAAAAUGGGCGGCGAACUUCUUGCUGGCCUGGUGGACGUCGUCUCAGAACAAACGGCUGCACGAAGGGCUGGAGCAUCUGCAUUGA